GGUCCUCUCUUAUAUUUAUCGCGCACCUUCCUUGGACCGCUACUCACCGUGUAUUCCAGACUCUUGCCAUCUUUCAAGGCUUUGCGCAAGCCAGCACUUGCUUUUGCGUCCGUACAUACCAUUCAUACCGGCUUGGAACCCUUGAAAUAUCCGAAGAUGGCCCCAAUCAACGGAAAGAACCAGAAGAGCAGUAAGAUGCACUCGAAAGUGGUGAUUAUUGGAUCAGGUCCCGCUGGGCACACCGCUGCCAUUUACCUCGCGCGUGCGAACUUGGAUCCCGUACUCUUCGAGGGAUUCAUGGCAAACGGCUUCGCAGCUGGAGGACAGCUGACAACGACAACCGAUGUGGAGAACUUCCCCGGCUUUCCCCAGGGUAUCAUGGGCCCCGAGCUGAUGGACAAGUUUCGCGCUCAGUCGUUACGCUUCGGCACCAACAUCAUCACGGAGACCGUAUCCAAGAUUGAUCUGUCCGCGCGGCCGUUCAAGUACUGGAGGGAGGGGCAGGAAGACGAGGAGGCCGAGACCGCUGACACGGUCAUCAUCGCUACCGGUGCGAGUGCGAAGCGGCUGGGCCUGAAGGGCGAGGACACGUACUGGCAGAGUGGAAUUAGCGCGUGCGCUGUGUGUGAUGGAGCUGUGCCCAUCUUCCGUAACAAGCCUUUGGCUGUGAUUGGUGGUGGUGAUUCGGCGGCUGAAGAGGCAACGUACCUGACUAAGUACGGCUCGCACGUAUAUGUCCUCGUUCGUCGGAGUGAACUUCGGGCAUCGAAGAUCAUGGCAAAGCGAUUGAUGAACCACCCCAAAAUCACCAUCCUGUGGAACACCGUCGCAGUCGAGUGCCAAGGUGACGGCGAUCUGCUCAACAACCUGCGCAUCAAGAACGUCAAAACCGGCGAGGAGAAAGAUCUCCCAGUGAACGGUCUCUUCUACGCUAUCGGCCACGAGCCCGCCACCUCACUCGUCCGCGACCAGCUGCAGACCGACGCAGACGGGUACAUCGUCACCGUGCCCGGUACGACGCAAACGAGCGUGAAGGGCGUCUUCGCUGCGGGCGACGUCCAGGACAAGAAGUACCGACAGGCGAUCACGAGCGCGGGCAGCGGGUGCAUGGCGGCGCUGGAAGUGGAGAAGCUGCUCGCGGAGGAGGAGGAGAUGCUCGAAGAGGAGUGGAGGUCGGAGAAUAUGAAGGUGGACCUGCCGAAGCAUAGAUAAGUUGAAUUUGUUGGUCAUGGAGGGAUGGUUACUAUAUCUUUAUGAGGAUUUGUACAUACUAACAUAGAGAUGGUCUACUGGAUGUGUCGUGUAUGUGCAAUUAUAGCUGUCAUUACAAACC